UCCUCUUCGUUAGUCACAGGAUGGUGCAAAGCGUAUGAAGAUGAAUGACAGCAGUGCAGCUUCAGUCGCUGCUCCCUCUGUGAUCAACGCGAUCAAACCAGGAGGAAUCAGAAGGAGCACUCGCCACAGGAAGCUCAGAGGAGAGAAAGCACUCAUCGUUUCUGCAAAUCAGACACUAAAAGAGCUGAAGAUCCAAAUCAUGCACGCUUUCUCCGUGGCUCCUUUCGACCAGAACCUCUCUAUAGACGGAAAAGGUCUGACAGAUGAUUCGGCCACAUUAGGCAGCCUGGGCGUUAUCCCAGAAUGCAUCAUCUGUUUAAAGGCUGAUGAACCAGUUACAGACUACGCUGCAAUGGAUGACGCCUAUCAGGGUAGGUGCUGCUGUUUAUCAUAGUGGGGGGAGGUGACAGAAUUGACAGAAUCAAAACAGACUUAACUUUGUUUUUGAGUUUAAAUGAGAACAAACAGACGGGUGAAGUACAUGUCGCUCGCAGCAUAAGCAAAAUAAUUAAUUUUGUAUUACUGUCUCGACACGCAGUACAGGAAUCACAUAAGGAGGAGAACAGGGUUCCUGCAGAUCCUUCAAAAGUAUUAAAAAUUCAUUCAAUAUAAAACUAAGGCCUCAGUUGGUAUUAAAAUGUCUGUCUGUGUUAGAGUACCCAUGAUGCAGUAGUAAAAGAAAAUAUUAAAAAUGACUUAUGACAAUGAAGGCGGCGUGAAAAAGUGCUUU